AAAGGGCGGAGAGUUGGCCGCAAACCCCGUAACAUGAGCAGGUCGAGCGGACGGGGUCGAACAAACUGGGAAACUCGUUUUACCGAAACCUUAGAGACGAGGAGCGCUCCGGCUCCAAUUAACGCAGCCCCGACUGGUUUUCCGCAAAGGGGGGACGGAGGGGCAGGCUGAAGUGCGCCACGAACGGCGGCGCUGUCGGGAUGGGGCAGGCGCACACGGACGUAUAUUAGGGGCCGACCUGUUGCUCUCUUGCUCUCAGUGCGCGUGUGCCUUCCCGGUAGAGGCAGCUGGAGGUCCAAUGGCAGCCAGGCGGACGAGACGCUUGACCGGCCCGGAUGUGAGCAGGACCACCGCGGCCCGGGCCGCUGCUAUAGCCGAGCAGCUGCACCACGAGUGCUCCAUCUUACUGGAACUUUAUAGGAAGAAGGAGAGUUUCACUGCAGAUGUUUCGGUGGUGGACGGUCGCCUGGUGUCCGUCCCUCCUCCUUCCUCCCAGCUGGACACCAGGGACAAGCUGUGGCGUCUCCACUCUGCUCUGCUACAGUGCCGCAGCUUGCUGGAGAGAGCCAUCGCCAAAGAGGAAGAGGAGCUGGGCGACGGGAAUAAGGCUGAGUAUGAGACCCAGAGGAAGAUGGUGAAGGAUAGACUGUCGCUUCUCUUAAUCAACACUGGAGAACUGCUCAAAGCUGCAGACGGCACGGCGGUCCUGACUCCCAGCGUGGAGGGAUUGGAGUUAGACGGUCCGACCGUUCUGUUUGAGCUGAAGCUUUGGGUAUACCGGAUCUUCAAAGAGGUGGACUACUGGACCAAGAUGGCCAUCACCACCUUGCAAGCCCUGCCCUCAGUGAUAGCCAAGGAGCGAGCGAGGACCACGCGGGUCAGGAGCACGAGAAGCGCUCGGAGAUGAGAGAAGUGCGUAUGUGGUGGUGAACAGGAAUAACGAGAGAGGAAAGUAAAGCGAGAAAGAGGUGGCUGAAGGGAUCAAAGGGAUGAGAAGAUGAAGCAGAGUGUUCAGAUGGGGGCCAAAGUGAGAAUCUGACAUAUAGAGGGAGGAAAAGAAAGAGAUGAGUGAAAGUAGCCAGCUGAGAGAGAGAGAGAGAGAGAGACAGACAGAUCCCUACUGACACCAGGAGAUGAGUGGGUUGGGUUAUUUUUAGGGUAUGAAGCCCCCUUAAUAUGAACAGAGGCCUUGGACAGAGAGUAUGCAAGAGACAAUGACCAGGCUCAUUAGAGCUUAUAACAACGUUUGUUGGAACAAGUUUAAGUGUGCAGAGUCUAAUCCAACUUUAUAUUUAUUGUUGACCUAAGAUACACUCCUUCUUUCUUUCUUUCUUUCUUUCUCUCUUUCUUUCUUUCUUUCUUUCUUUCUUUCUUAUUUUUGCAUUGAGGAAACAUAACAUGAUUAACUCAAAGUGCAAAAUUUUGCCACUUUUUCUGUUAACAUCAUGGUGUUCCCCCUGCAUGCACUCCUUUGACACAGCUGUAGUUAUUAUUUAAGAUAUACUGCCAGGAUCCACUGCUGCUGACGGAGGAAACAGUCAGCGAGGGGCACAUUCUGAUAAAAAUGAGGCCAUUUGAAUUCAUGCCAUCACCAGACUGUGGCUCUGAUCUGAGUAGUUUUGAAUACUGUGGCUGCAAAUCAUUCCACAUAGAUUAUUAUCUGGGGGAUGUUGAGAGGGGGAAAAAAAAAAAAAAAAAAAAAAAAUCUGUGUAACAGCACCCUCUCGUGGUUUCAUGGUGCAAUUACAUACAUGUACUCCCUCUCUCUUUCUUGAUUUUCCUCAGUAAUAUUUAUGUCCAAUUAUUCUGAGUUCUCAUAGGUUGUUUAUGUAGAUUAUAUAGUCACUUUAUUUAUAUCACUAUCAUAAAUUGUGUAAAACUAUGUCACAGGGUUUAAGAAGUAUGAGGCAACAUUUAUAGUAAUCAAUAAUAAGUCAUCAAUAACUGAUGAGCAUGCAAAUAGGCACAUAAGCAGAGAGCGUCAUGGAUAAAUACAAUGUAAAUAGUGGAAGUCUGUAAACUUAAAUGAUGAAAGAAAACGUUCCUGAAAAAUCUGCUUUCAUUUAUUUGUGAAACUGCUUUUAAUUGUUUUAAGUGAUAGAAAAUUUCAUUUUUACUUCAGUCCACACAGUGAAAGUGAAAUGUGACAAAUGUUACUAUGUUUAUUGAUACACUUUUAAAGAUUUUUAUAAUUAAUUUAUUUUUUUUAUCACCGUGUCAGGCUAAAAAGCCCAGCAGGAGUGACAGAAACACCAUGUUCUACACCACAAUGAUCAAUAUCACAUAAGACACGUAUACCAUUUUGACUGAGCUGAAUUCAGUCAGCUGAAAAUGAGGAUUUGUGUCUCUGAAGUGAUCUGUAUCUAUCCGAUAAUGAUCAGUUAGCUUGGAGUAUACCAGUAGAAACAGAAAAUUAAUCAAAUACGGGCCUCAACAUGUAGAUCUGUCGGUCUAAACUGGGCUGUGUUACUAAUUAUAUUAGCAUCAGCCACUGACUCAGAUUGUCUUUAAUGAUGCAUGAAGCUUCAGGGUAAGAAAAAGAGGAGACACUGUAAAUGGGAUUCAAUCCUACACACAGAAGUCUUGCCUGGAGAACCAAUAAGAUCUGCGAUAACGUGGAGCACAAAGCAGAAAGGGAAAAAUAUAUAUCAAGAGAUUUUAGAAGAAAAAGCAAGCAAACCUUUGCAGUGUGGUAAUUUUUAGAUCGAGGGGAUCAUUUAGUCAUUUUACAGUUUGAUUAAAGUCUCUUUGUUGCGUUCAAGGUCUUCACAUUUUCCUUGUUUCAUACAACCCUGAAGCAUAAACCCCAAAAUUCACUCCAUCCUGGCUGGUGAACGACUGAGCCUUUCCAGGAUGCUCCUUUCAUUACCAAUCAUGAUACUAUCACCUGUUACCAAUCAACCUGUUUACCUGUGGAAUGAUCCAAACAGGUGUUUUUGGAACUUUCCCAGUCUU